UAUAUACACAGACGAGUAACGAGUGAUACGCUGAAGUGACAGGUAAAAGGUUCGACCCAAACAAAAAAAAGAUCAUUCUUCGUCUGAUUUUGGAAUAUUACCAUUGAUUUGUUAGAAGGGUUAGUGCAAUGUGUUAUGGUUGGCUAACAGAUUCUAUUUGAAAUAUAUGUGGCCAUACACGAAGACUGGGACAUGACUCAAAUGAAGCUAGGUCUCGCCGUGCAAUUACGAUGUAUCAUAUUGUUACAUCCAUCCAGAUACGGCUAUUCAUCGUAAAGGCGUUUGACCUAGAGGUGUAACAAAACAUUAGUAAAAUUUUGUUAUUCUACAAAAACGAUGGCAAGCCUUGAAGAUAAACUUUUGGGUGAGAAAUUAGAUUACUACUGCAGUUCUUCCGAAGAUGAAGCGGAUGAAGGGGGGGUCAAACUCGUUAAAGACGAAGAUCUGAAGGACAAAUGCCCGCUAACCCACGGUCGCUGGGGGGCAGAGUCGACCAACACGGGACCAAAAGGUGUACUAAAGGAUUGGCAACGAUAUAAGCAGCUAGAAAGUGAGCGUCGUGCUGAGGAUGAAGCCGAACGAGUGGCGUUAAUGAAGCGAUUAUCGUUAACUUGUGCUACCGAAUCGGAAGAGAGACGAAUGCGAGAAAAGGUAGCUGCGGAGGCCGAAAACCUUGAAGAGCUUGACGAGAUGAUGUUAGAGUAUAUUUCACAGCGAAUGCAGGAAAUGGUAUCUGCUGCGAGCCAUGGUGAUCGACCGAAGUUUGGCAAACUUCAGAUUCUUCGGAGCAGUGAAUUCUUCCUUGACGCUAUCGAUCAUGAGCAUAAGGAAACCACCGUUUUCGUACAUAUUUACGGGCCUGGCAGUAAAGGCUGCGAUGCACUCAACGCCUGCCUGAAUACUUUAGCUGAGGAGUAUCCUCUGUAUAAGUUCUGUGUGAUGUCUACAGAGGCGGCUGGAAUGACAUCGUAUUUCGAGAAGUAUGGUGUGCCAGCCCUUGUUAUCUAUAGAGGUGGAAAUCUCAUCGGCAAUUUUGUUCGUCUAUCGGAUGAGUUUGGUGACGACUUUGACUCUGUUGAAAUCGAGUCAUUUCUUGUUGACCACGGAUAUUUGCCGGAUCCGUCUACUGUUCCAAAAAUUGUCAGGGAAAAUCGAGAGAAUCGAAAUAUAAAAAAUACAGACCACGAAAAUGACGACGAUGACUGAGUUACGCAUAUGAUAACUAGAUUUGACAUUGAUGUGAUUUUGUUCGCAUGUCUGUAUAGAUGCUACAGGUACGUAGAGCAAACUGAAGUACGAAACGAAAAAAAAAAAAAAGGAAGUUACCGAUUUUUUGUUUCGACUUCAGUCGAACAUUAGCCAGAAUAAAUAUCAAGCGUAUUUAUUUUUUUCUUUGA